GGAUGUACAAGAACAACGUUACCCUUUACGUGGGUAUUGGAAUCACGAUAGCGAUGCUGGCUGCUGGAGCAGCCGUGCUGUACGUGUGGUGUAAAUACAGAAGUGUUAGACCAGGAUACACUGCUGCAAGGGCAGUUCAUCCAGGUGCGCCUAAAGCAUAUUCGGGACGGGACAAGGGCAACGCGGGACCGGACUUGACGAGGACCUGCAACGAAUACUGGAUGCAAAGGCCUGAUAACCACUACGACCUGCCACAGCUGAGAGACAGUUAUUCCUCACCGUUCGGCAACCGAAGUCGUCAGCAGUCAUCUUUGGGCAGCAACCACUACGAGAUGAAGCCGUACAGUCCGUCAGGUGACUCGGCCUCGAGCUGCUAUACCAAUUCAAGGACUAUGACGUCACGGUCGAGUGAGUGUUCGUCUUCGCAGCUCGCGGAGCUCGUGACGUCAUCACCUAUCUCCCACUCCAAAGUGGACGUCGCCGUAACCUUACCCACCGGUUCCCUAGAGACGAGCUAUAGAGAUAAGAUAUGUCUAACUAUUGUAAAAUAG